GUCGCUCAGUCUGGUAGGUGGCGCCGUGGAGGUAUGUCGUGUAGCUCUCUUUUCCUGUGAAUAUUGCGGCGACGGUGAUCGUACUAAGAAGUGUCUUGAACUCUAAUGAAGCAUCUGAGAGUGCUUUAACAUCUGUCUUUUUUCAUAUAAAUUGUGACGAGAAACACGCAUCGAAAUUUUUUGCAUUUCCAAGUUUUCCUCGAUUGGACCCUAGAUUUGUUCAAUAUUUAGAAAGUAAAUACUUGUGCCAAGGGAGACGGAAAGUAAAAAUUAAGGAUCACGCUUUGGAGAGCCGCUUGGAUAACGUUUCUCCACGGAAAAAGAAUCUGCAAUGGCAACGGGCUUGGCCACGCUUUUGAGGGGCGCCAAACAAACGAGGUGACAACGCGCGAAGUUGAACAUUCGACAAGUCACCGGCCCUCCUCGCCAUGAGUGCUUCCGGAAGAGGUACUUGGCUGCUAGGGAUAAUCCUCUCGGCCUGGGUCGUGACCUCCAGAGGUCAAGACCUGAUAUCCAAGAGCCCCAACAACCCACUCAUCAAUUUGCUCCGUGGUACCUGGGAAGAAGACCACAAGGAAAUCAGGUUGUCUUAUCCAGAAGGCAAGAAGAAGACAUUGGCGCGCUGGCUUGUAGUUGGCGGACGCGAGGUGUCCCCGGACUCGGUCUAUCGGGUGGCCGUGGAGGCUCUCCAGACUAGCCAGACUCUUCUCGUCAUAGCUGGUCUCGUCCACAAUGGGGAACAGGUCGCAUCAGGCAAAGUGCGGCUGCAGCCAGGUCAGCUAUCGGAAAUUCUUCUUAAGGUACCGGAUAGCAGCGUCGAUGGGCUCUGGCAACUUCGGGUUGAGGGGCACGAGGGCAUCGGGAAGAUCUUUCAAAAAGUUGCAAUCCUCAGGUUCUACCCCAAGUUCCUGACCAUUCUCAUCCAACCGUCGAGGCCUGUUUACAAUUCAGGGCAAACAGUAAGGUUUCGGGCCAUCCUCCUCACGAGGGACCUGAAACCGUAUGACGGGCCAGUGGAUGUCUUCGUUCUGGAUCCCCGGGGCCGUAAAAUGAGGCGCUGGCCGUCCCAUCAAACAGGUCACGGUGUAAUCAACUUGAACUUUGACCUGCCUGAAUACCCCUUGAUUGGAACUUGGACGCUUCGCGUCCGUGCCAGAUCCCAGGUAGAAGAUAUGCCAAUACAGGUGGAGCAUUAUUUCAGGCCGAGAUUUGAGGUGUUCGUGCGUCUGCCCUUAACCUUCAAGACAACGGCCGAAUACAUCGAGGGUGUCGUCGUUGCCAACAUGACCAACUGGCGAUAUGUCGUCGGGAACUGCUCUCUCAAACUGCAGUAUGCAAGUCAUUCAUUCGGCGAGGUCCCUGAGUCCUUCCGUGAUGCUUACGACGAAUUCAUCCCUCAGUUCAACGGUUUCCACCCCUUCCAGCUGCCUAUGGCAGCCGUGCAAGCUGCUGCCGGCGCUGAUUUCAGCAACGUUACUGUUCGGGUUUUGGCCUCCGUCGGGGAUUACUUCGGGUGGCGAGUGGAGGAGGGCUGGGCCUUAGCAAGGCUCGUGGAGGAGAAGGCUAAAGUCACUUUCCUGGGCGAUCAGCCUUUCAUCUUCCGACCUGGCAUGCCGGCCACAUUCCAUGUGAUGGCAACGUACGCUGACAACCACCCGAUGUCUGAGGAAGAACUGGAAUUUGCUGAAUUACGGGUCGUCAUUAGUAGUUCUGGAAAGACUUCGAAGGUGGAAGAAAUCUUGGUUCAUGGAAUGAAGCUCAUGGAAACCGGAGGUGUGGGCGAAGUUACCAUUGACAUCCCGGAUGAAGCUGAAUCCGUCAAAGCAGAUGCCAUACUGACAACAUCUAGUGGACUCACGACAUCCACUACUCUGAUUGGGGUCCUCCAUCACUCACCUAGAGACCGCCAUCUCCUGAUCGAAACUUCCACCCCAGAUGCUUCUCCCGGACAGUUCAUUACACUUCACGUCAGAAACAACUUCUACAUCAAGUACUUCAAUUAUGUCAUCAUCUCCAAAGGUGUGGUGAUUUACAGUGACCGCCAGGUUGUUGCAGACAUCAGUGUGCCGACGGUCACCACCUUUUCCAUACCAGCUUCAACAGAAAUGGCACCGGCUGCUUACAUCGUGGUAUGGGUGGUGGCACAAGACGGACAGCUGGUUUCUCACGGUGUCGCUGUGCCAGUCAAUCCCAUUGGACGCCAUCAGGUAGGCAUUCGUUGGAAUGAGCAUAAAGACCACUCAGGAGGAUCUGUCGAAAUGAAAAUGCUGGGUGAGCGGGGGUCAUUCUUUGCCGUGUCUGCAGUCUGGGAGGAAACUCACAAGAUGGACUCCGGGCACGAAUUAACUGAGGUUCGGGUCCUGCAACACAUGAUGGAACUCGAGAAAAACGACACCAUCUUCGAUGGAAUCCAGAACUUCACCAUGCCACACAUCAGACGCGCUUUCACCAGAUCACGUGACGGCGGUGGCUCCACUGUCUCUUUCUUCCCAACCAACAUGGUUGGCCCUGACGCCCCUUCCACUUUCAACUUCAGUAACCUGGUCGUUCUGACAGAUGCCGACCUCUUCUACCACCCGCAUCAUGCCUCUGAUUCUCCCAACUGCCCUGAAAUGUCUCUUCGGUGCCUGACAGGAGGAUGUUACUCUUAUACAGAGCGAUGCGAUGGAGUUUUCCAGUGUCUUGAUCACUCAGAUGAGUCAGGCUGCCCUAUCAAAGUGGACCCACUACGGCACUUCCAUCUGCAUCGCAUCAGUCGACUGCACCGUUUCUACGAUCCAGAUGACGGGGAUUGGGCAUGGAGGAAUAUCCGGAAGGAAGGAUCCGAGAUUCAGAUCUUCCCGAUUCCAAAGAGACCCCAGAACUGGGUGCUGUCCAUGUUUGCUGUUGGCAAAGAAAGGGGGCUGGGUCUGCUUCAGGAGAAGAUACAGUUUGACUCAGCCGGGCCAUUCCUGAUCACCCUGGAAGGACCGAAAGUUGCCCGUCAGUGGGAACAAGUAGGUCUAAGGGCUUGCGUCUUCAACUUCCACAUGAGUAAAGUGGGAAUCCUGAUCACUCUCCCGGACUCUGAAGAUUAUCGUUCCGUCCUAGUAGAAAAGAAUGGUUUUGUCAAUUCCUACAAUCCAAGAACUUCCGCGGGUGAUCACCAGCACAUGGUUUGGCUGGAUCCUGGCCAGUCUCUUGAUGUCCACAUCCCAAUCGUGUUCACGCGAAUGGGAACCAUUGACGUCACAGUGACGGGUUCGACUAUGAUGCAGAAGGACUCGCAUACUGUCACGAUCGAGGUUAUGCCAGAGGGCGUAAUCAUCGGCAAGCACACAUCCAUCUUGUUAGAUCUCAAGAAUCGUGCCGUAGUGUACGACUUUCUGGAUAUCCAGUUAGAUGAGUCACCCUUGAUUCCAUACUCUCUCAGAAGACGUUAUAUAUACGACACUCCUUCUGGUCACAUAUCAAUCACAGGUGAUGUGGUAGGCCCAGCCUUUCCAGAAAUUCCUGUCGGAUCCGAUUCUCUCUUGGGUCUGGAAAUGAUGGGAGCUGAGACGGCUGCUUUCAAUUUUGCCGCCAAUUUGUGGUCUUUGCAUUACCUUCGGCUGACAAAUCAAAUUGAACCAGGACUGACUUUCAAAGUCUUAACAGCUGUGAAUGUCCACUAUGCAGCUCUUGCGAGAUAUCAAGAUCCCAGUGGAGCUUUCAGGAUGUGGCCAGAAUCAGAGCCAAGUGUUUGGCUCACAGCUUACUCACUCAGGUCUUUAGGGCUUGCCGGUUUCCAGGACUGGGAGAACCUCAUCUACAUAGAUCCUCUGAUUAUUCGCUCAGCGACAGAAUGGCUCCUUGGCUAUCAAAGUGACCUAGGAUCCUUCACUGAGACUCCCAACUAUACUCAUCCUCUCGAUUCCAAGUCGAAUCCUACUCCAGCUAAGCAAUUGGAGCGCGAUGGAUACAAAAACGUUUCUCUGACGUCGCAAGUCGUGUUGGCCAUGGUUGAUAUCCUCCCCAGUCUUCAGGGGGGACUUCGAAGGAGAGCAAGUUUAGCCAAAGAGCGAGCAAUUAGUUACCUGGAAAAAGAACUGGAUAGCCUGGGUGAUCCUUACGAUGUUGCACUUGUUGCUUGGGCGCUCACGAAGGCAGACUCUGUUCAAAAGGAAUCAGCCUACAUCAAACUUCAUCUUAUGCGAAGGGAAGAUGGCAACAAAGUCUAUUGGUCUCGUGAACCACUGAGUUUCAAUCCCCUGGCAUAUGAAGACAGCCAGAGACCUUACAUCUUGCCGAAAGACGACCAGAAGUGGGAUGCCCACGCUGUGGAGACAACAUCCUAUGCCCUACUCGUGUACAUUGCCAGGGAUGGCAUUGGCAUCAUCCAAGAGAACAUCGUCAGAUUUCUCGCGGUCAUGAGGGAACUGGAUGGAGGUCUCAUAUCCACUCUGGACAGUGUUGCUGCCAUGGAAGCCUUGGUCGAAUAUUCAUACCGGGCACGACUGCGUGACGUCACUGACAUGAGGAUCAUCCUUGAACACUCUGCCAAUCCUAACUUCACAGUGGAUCUUCACCUUGGAAAUUCGUUUGAUUUAGCUUCUCUGAGAACGUUUGAGCUUGAGAAUAUAUGGGGACACAUCAGCGUUGUAGGCCAUGGGUCAGGCCAGGCUUUGGUACAACUGGACUACAGUUAUGGCGUGGAUUAUGAACCUCAGAUCGACUACCCGCCAGUGCCAGCUUUUGAUUUUACAGUUGAUACAAAAUUCUACGGCAGGAAUAAUUCUCACCUAGAAAUCACAACAUGUUCAAAGUGGACUGAUGUUGAAGAGUCCGAGACAAGUGGUGUGGCUGUGGUAGAGGUCCAUCUUCCAUCUGGUUAUUACGUGAUGCAAGAUUACCUCAUUGAACUCGUCAACUCACGCACUGUCCGAAACUUACGGUGGGCACUUCGAACAGAUACCCAAGUGAAAUUCUUCUUUAAUCAUCUGGACACACAGGAGACCUGUAUAACUUAUGAAGUCGAAAGGUGGCACCCUGUUGCGAACCACUCUAGAUACAACAUGGCCAGAGUGUAUGAUCUCUAUCAGCCAGAACGCUUUAAUAUGACUAUUUAUGAAUUGUAUCCUCUGUAUGGUCUCGACCUUUGUGAAGUCUGUGGCUCAUAUCAGUGCCCGUAUUGCCCAUUCUACAGCCACGGCACAUCAGUUCAAAGUCCGCCAUUGACCUUCUUCGUGGUGGUGGUCAUAGCCUGGGCAUUCCUUUGCCCGGGCAUUUUGUAACACAUAGGUGGUGACUAGUGAUAACAUUUUCGAACCAUGUACAAUACUGCCACCUUAUCCCCCCCCGAGGAAUAUGAAACGUUAUGACUUGUAACAAGUUGCUUAGAACGUUGCACCAAAAGACACUACUCAUAUUCCGGACAGUUGGUGCCAUUACAGAUUGGUUGAGAGUUUUUCGACCAGUGUUUUAAUCGACGCAUUUUAAUAAGAGUGUUUUGAUGUGAGAAAGUACUUUACGUAGUUGAUUGUGAAGACAUGCUACAGGUUAUAACCAGUGGUGCAUAGUGAGGUUGUAACCCUGCAUAAAGAAAUUACUGUGAUGUGAUUUGACUGAUUAAGUGAACUGGCGUUGCAGCGAUUUGAUUGUCUACGAUGUGCUGUGACGCGAACUGUUGUGUAUCAAGCUCCUCUUUGAAGAGGUAAAAACAAAUGCUGUGAAAUUGUUUUUAUAUCGCAUUCAUUCUGCCAGUGUUAUAUAAAUGACAGACUCUUUUAGUGAGCAAUGAACAUUUCUGUAUCUAGUGCAUAUUCCGUUGGUAUGUAAGGCAUUUGCUUUGACGAAGGUAAGGAAAUUAUGAGGAGAGAUCCUUUUUGAAGAAGACUUUAGUGAGCUUGUUCCUGUAGCAAUUCAAGUUGUAGUUCUGUUGGCGAGUAAGUGAAGCAACUUGUGCGAAAGUCAAAAAUAUUAAUGGUUGAGAUAGAGUAAUAAAAACAGAUGGAAGUUUUUGCAGAGUGGUGUGCUAAAAAUUUGGUUAAAAUUUUACAAAAUUGAAAUUGAAUUAGUUUAAGAACCAAGAUAUUUGUUUUUUGCUGGAUAAAACUUAAUUUAUCUAUAAUAAAGAUGACCUCUGUUUUUUUUUUAACUUGAAUGUUUAUGUAUGCGUAAUAUGAUGUAAGUUCAGGAAUUUCCUCCUGUUGAUAAUUCCCAGUGUUAUUGUUAAACUCCUCACUACUUGUAAACUCGUAUGCACAAAGUAUGUGAAAUGUAGAUUGUCAAAAAGAGUUAUUUUAAUUCUAAGUUAAGUGUCCAUGGUUGUUUUUAUCAUGGUGAAAAAAGGAAACCUCAUUAUUGAUAUAAUUAAUUUAAUUGUAUCAGUGUUAAUAUUGAUGUAGUUAAACUAUUUUUAAGUUUCUGAAAGAUAUUUUUAAAAGUAACUAGUUCCUAUUUCAUUUAUAGAUUGAAGUGGACGGAUAGGUUUUGCGUGUCUGUCGGUUUAAUUGAAAAAAGAUAACAGAUCAUCAUUGGAAAAAGAAUUUGCAAAACAUUCUGUGACAUGGUUAUUAUAAUCAUGGCAUCGCUUGCCACAAUGCCAUGGAAUAGUGACAUAUUCCAUUUUGUUGUCGUUGUCAUUGUAAUGGUACCUGUGUUUGUCACCAUACUGUGAAGUUCCCAAGUAUUUUUUCUGUUGUGACCAUUAUAAUACUACCAGAGUUUGUCAUUCUAUAGUGAAAUAGUCGUAUACGAAAGUCAAGUUUCAUCUUUAUUAUGGUCUUAAUUUUAAGUGUCUUUUUCUCUCGACUCAUUAAAUUCAUUGUAAAAUCAGAGACCUUGUGUACAUCCCGGAGCUUCUUGUGGCACUGUCUCAUAAAAUUUUUCUGACAGGUGUGUGAGGAAUCCCCUGAAAGAACAAUAUUUGUAACAUUCAACAUCUCUUCGUGUUGUAACAGACGGCCAGCAAAGUAGUUUCAAAGACUUUUUUGCUAGGCUGCUAACCCGAGUGUCCUGAUAAAACUGGCGUCAUUACCAAUCGAGCUGUGUAAGAUACAGCGCUGCCUAAUUCAGAGUGAAUAGCUGAUGAACUGGAAAUCAGUUUGAGAUGAGAAUAAGUCUCUUUGAAGAACGAGCGUCUGGUUUGAGGGCAUACAUUGGCUUCGUUACAUAAAACUAGCCUUCAGGAAGUUCUGUUAGGCCUUGGGGAGCUUCAGUUUGGUCGUAAGAUUUUUUUAGUAAGUAAAAUCUCUCUUGUGAUAAGUUAACCAUGUAUGAAACCAUGGCGUUGGAAUUCUUUGCAUAGAAGUAGGCUACAUGGGGCACUAUUUUCGUUUUUAAGAUCAUAUAGGAUUUUGCAUUUUGUUAGAACAGAAAAAUUGCUAGUUAUCUUAUAUUUGCGCCAAUACUGAAAGGAUAAGGCUGAAGCUACUGUGGCCAAAAUGUUAGCAGUAUUAACGGAAGUCCUUCAUAACGAGGUCACACUAGAGUUGAAAUGCCUGGAAGGAAGCCUGGGUGAUCGAUCACUGUGGUUGGUGGGCCCGGAGCUCUCCUCACAUUCACUAAGUUCCGAUACUUAUUGAGACUUCAAGUCCAAGUGGAAGUACAAUAGCAGUUCCAUUGGUCAAGCAGUAUUGUGAAUGGAAUAUGGGCGAUGGAAUCAUGAAAAAGACGAGCAAGUCAUAUACUGGUGGUCAGUUGUAUUAGCUUUUCUAGUAUUUUCUUCAUUUUGUAGAGCAAUAUAGGAAUGAAAAGAAAAGCUUGAAUGAACCAUGUUACGUGGUGCUUUAUAACGUCAUUUCUGUGUAAUGUCAGUGUAGACUUUCCAUCCCAUUCACCACGUCGUUGCACUAGAUUUGGUUUAUGAUUUACUGUCUGGCGCAGCAGCUUGGGCUAUUUAUAAACUUAGUUAAUUUCUGUCUUGAUAUAAUGCGUAGACAGUUGGGCAUUUGGCUCCCUACUUUGAAAUGACAUAAUGUUUGAGUCCAUGUAUUUGUGACCGGGUAUGAUGCGGGGACACUAGAUUGAGUUAAGCAUCAAAUCUAUUCCAAAAGGCGCGCGGGUUAGCGUUAAUUUUCAGAAAAUUUGCAAAGAUGAAUCUUUACUGCAUUGAAAGACUGGUGAAAGGGAUUAGUUUGGACCAAAACAACGACUAUUUGUAUAACUUUUUUACGCACUGUUGAUAAUAGCCACUGCACUGAACACAUUCUUAACAGUAAAUAUAAUAAGCGUUAUUAAGAGGACAUUUAAAGAUGCAUCUAAUAGGCAAAAUAUAAUGCAGAAUAUUAGUUAAUAUUUAAGUUCUCUCUGAAAAGCUUUCCUCAGCUCUGCAUUUUCCUCACACUAGUCUUCAUAACGAUGCAUUUAUGUGUUCAGUAACUAUGAUGUGUUUCAGAUUAUAUUUGUUGUACUCAUUUGGACUGGAUGCCAAUAUUAUAGAAAUUUUAUAAUUAGAGUAAUUAACAGAUUUUGUUGUGCGAUUCUUCAGAGGAUGUAAUUUUCUUAGAGUUUUAUAACAUUCAUAGUCAUUAUGAUUAACGUGAUAUUUCUAUCCAGACUGUCUUAAUAGUUACCUUUUAAUUCUAUAUGUAAAUUCAAUAAAAAUGCCAAAAAAUAUUGGUUCAUUAAGAUCAUGAUUGUCUUUCAGUUACCUGCAUAUCUGGCAUAGAUUUAUAAAGUAUGAACAUGUUGCCAUAGAUACAAAUCCAGGUAAAACAGCAAGUUCAUCCAUCACUCCCAGGUGUCAGCAGGUAUACACACUACACCAGGGGUAUCAACCU